GCCUAUAAAAGAGGCGGGGCGGGCGCGUCGUCGUCAAAACUCGCUGUGGAGCAAACGGCGCGGGGCGGAGGCUGCGGAGUCGCGUCGGACCUUCACCCCCUCAGCACUCCUCAAUCCGACGCACCCACGGCCUUCGCCGUCCAGGAGCCGAAAAUGGACCCAAGCGGGGUCAAGGUGCUGGAAACAGCAGAGGACAUCCAGGAGAGGAGGCAGCAGGUCCUGGACCGGUACCAUCGCUUCAAGGAGCUCUCAACCUUGCGGCGUCAGAAGCUGGAAGAUUCCUAUCGAUUCCAGUUUUUCCAAAGAGAUGCUGAGGAGCUUGAGAAAUGGAUUCAGGAAAAACUUCAAAUUGCAUCCGAUGAGAAUUACAAAGACCCAACCAACUUGCAGGGAAAGCUUCAGAAGCACCAGGCCUUUGAAGCUGAAGUGCAGGCCAAUUCUGGAGCCAUCGUCAAGCUGGAUGAAACUGGAAACUUGAUGAUCUCUGAAGGCCAUUUUGCAUCGGAAACCAUCCGGGAACAGCACCCUGAGGAGGAGCUGAUCAAGACCAAGCAGGAUGAAGUGAAUGCUGCCUGGCAGCGGCUCAAGGGCCUGGCUCUCCAGAGACAGGGGAAGCUGUUUGGGGCAGCUGAGGUGCAGCGCUUUAACAGGGAUGUGGAUGAGACCAUCAGCUGGAUUAAGGAGAAGGAGCAGCUGAUGGGCUCGGACGAUUUUGGACGAGACCUAGCAAGUGUUCAGGCCCUGUUGCGGAAGCACGAGGGUCUGGAGAGAGACCUUGCUGCCCUAGAGGACAAGGUUAAGGCCCUGUGUGCAGAGGCCGACCGCCUGCAGCAGUCCCACCCUAUGAGCGCCAGCCAAAUCCACAUGAAGCGAGAGGAGCUGAUCGCCAACUGGGAGCAGAUCCGCACACUUGCGGCAGAGAGACACGCACGGCUCAACGACUCGUACAGGCUCCAGCGCUUCCUUGCUGACUUCCGAGACCUCACCAGCUGGGUCACUGAGAUGAAAGCCCUCAUCAAUGCGGACGAGCUCGCCAAUGAUGUGGCUGGGGCUGAGGCCCUGCUGGACAGACAUCAGGAGCACAAGGGUGAAAUCGAUGCCCAUGAAGACAGCUUUAAGUCCGCAGAUGAGUCUGGACAGGUGCUGCUGGCUGCUGGUCACUACGCCUCAGAUGAAGUCAGGGAGAAGCUGACUGUCCUCUCGGAGGAGAGGGCUGCGCUGCUGGAGCUCUGGGAGCUGCGCAGGCAGCAAUACGAGCAGUGCAUGGACCUGCAGCUCUUCUACCGAGACACGGAGCAGGUGGACAACUGGAUGAGCAAACAGGAGGCAUUCCUGCUGAAUGAAGACUUGGGCGACUCCUUGGACAGUGUAGAAGCGCUUCUCAAGAAGCACGAGGACUUUGAGAAAUCUCUUAGUGCCCAGGAGGAAAAGAUUACAGCGCUGGAUGAGUUUGCAACCAAGCUAAUCCAGAACAACCACUAUGCGAUGGAAGAUGUGGCCACUCGCCGAGACGCUCUGCUGAGUCGCCGCAAUGCCCUUCAUGAGCGAGCCAUGCAUCGACGGGCCCAGCUGGCCGACUCCUUCCACUUGCAGCAGUUCUUCCGUGAUUCUGAUGAGCUCAAGAGUUGGGUCAACGAGAAGAUGAAAACUGCCACGGAUGAAGCUUAUAAGGACCCGUCCAAUCUGCAAGGAAAAGUACAGAAGCAUCAGGCUUUUGAGGCUGAGCUCUCUGCAAACCAGAGCCGCAUUGAUGCCCUGGAGAAGGCUGGGCAAAAGCUCAUCGAUGUCAACCACUAUGCCAAGGACGAAGUAGCCGCUCGGAUGAAUGAGGUCAUCAGCUUGUGGAAGAAGCUGCUAGAGGCCACGGAACUGAAAGGAAUCAAGCUUCGUGAAGCGAACCAGCAACAGCAAUUUAAUCGCAAUGUGGAAGACAUUGAAUUGUGGCUGUAUGAAGUAGAAGGUCACUUGGCUUCUGAUGAUUAUGGCAAAGACCUUACCAACGUCCAGAACCUGCAGAAGAAGCAUGCUCUGCUGGAGGCGGAUGUGGCUGCUCACCAGGAUCGGAUCGAUGGCAUCACCAUUCAGGCCCGCCAGUUUCAGGAUGCUGGCCAUUUUGAUGCUGAAAACAUUAAGAAGAAGCAGGAGGCGCUGGUGGCUCGCUAUGAGGCCCUUAAGGAACCCAUGGUUGCCCGGAAGCAGAAGCUGGCAGAUUCUCUGCGUCUGCAGCAGCUCUUCCGUGACGUGGAAGACGAGGAGACAUGGAUACGAGAGAAGGAGCCCAUUGCGGCAUCUACCAACAGAGGCAAGGACUUAAUUGGAGUCCAGAAUCUGCUAAAGAAACAUCAAGCUUUACAAGCAGAAAUUGCCGGACACGAACCCCGCAUCAAAGCAGUGACCCAGAAGGGGAACGCCAUGGUGGAGGAAGGCCACUUUGCUUCAGAGGACGUGAAGGCCAAGCUCAAUGAGCUGAACCAGAAGUGGGAGGCCCUGAAAGCCAAGGCCUCCCAGCGGCGGCAGGACCUGGAGGACUCGCUGCAGGCCCAGCAGUACUUUGCUGACGCCAACGAGGCCGAGUCAUGGAUGAGGGAGAAGGAGCCCAUCGUGGGCAGCACGGACUAUGGGAAGGACGAGGACUCUGCUGAGGCUCUGCUAAAGAAACACGAAGCUUUGAUGUCGGACCUCAGUGCCUAUGGCAGCAGCAUCCAGGCUCUUCGGGAGCAGGCACAGUCAUGCCGGCAACAAGUGGCCCCCAUGGAUGACGAGACUGGGAAGGAGCUGGUCUUGGCUCUCUAUGACUAUCAGGAGAAGAGUCCUCGCGAGGUGACCAUGAAGAAAGGGGACAUCCUCACCCUGCUUAACAGCACCAACAAGGACUGGUGGAAAGUGGAAGUGAAUGAUCGUCAGGGUUUCGUGCCUGCUGCUUACGUGAAGAAGCUGGACCCUGCCCAGUCAGCGUCCCGGGAGAACCUGCUGGAGGAGCAGGGCAGUAUCACGCUUCGGCAGGAGCAGAUCGACAACCAGACACGCAUUACUAAGGAGGCCGGCAGUGUAUCUCUGCGUAUGAAACAGGUGGAAGAACUAUACCACUCGCUGCUGGAACUGGGCGAGAAGCGCAAAGGCAUGUUGGAGAAGAGCUGCAAGAAGUUCAUGCUGUUCCGCGAGGCCAACGAGCUGCAGCAGUGGAUCCACGAGAAGGAGGCGGCGCUGACGAGCGAGGAGGUUGGUGCUGACCUGGAGCAGGUGGAGGUGCUGCAGAAAAAGUUCGACGACUUCCAGAAGGAUCUGAAGGCCAAUGAGUCCCGGCUGAAGGACAUUAACAAGGUGGCGGAGGACCUGGAAUCUGAAGGUCUGAUGGCAGAGGAGGUGCAGGCUGUGCAGCAGCAGGAGGUGUAUGGCGUGAUGCCCCGGGAUGAAGGGGAUUCCAAGACCACCUCCCCGUGGAAGUCUGCUCGUCUGAUGGUUCACACUGUGGCUACCUUCAAUUCCAUCAAGGAGCUGAAUGAGCGCUGGCGGUCCCUGCAGCAGCUGGCUGAGGAGCGGAGCCAGCUCCUGGGCAGUGCUCACGAAGUGCAGAGGUUCCACAGAGACGCAGAUGAGACAAAAGAGUGGAUUGAAGAGAAGAAUCAGGCUCUCAACACAGACAACUAUGGCCAUGAUCUGGCCAGUGUCCAGGCCCUACAGCGCAAGCAUGAGGGCUUUGAGAGGGACCUUGCAGCUCUGGGGGAUAAGGUCAACUCCCUCGGUGACACAGCCCAGCGCCUGAUCCAGUCCCACCCCGAGGCUGCAGAGGACCUUAAAGAGAAGUGCACUGAGUUAAACCAGGCCUGGACCAGCCUGGGCAAACGCGCUGACCAGCGCAAGGCCAAGCUGGGUGACUCCCAUGACCUGCAGCGCUUCCUUAGUGAUUUCCGGGACCUCAUGUCUUGGAUCAAUGGAAUCCGGGGGCUGGUGUCCUCAGAUGAGCUAGCCAAGGAUGUCACCGGAGCCGAGGCGUUGCUGGAGCGGCACCAGGAACACCGGACGGAAAUUGAUGCCAGAGCUGGCACUUUCCAGGCAUUUGAGCAGUUUGGGCAGCAGCUGUUGGCUCAUGGGCACUAUGCCAGCCCUGAGAUCAAGGAGAAACUUGACAUCCUCGAUCAGGAGCGUGCAGACCUGGAGAAGGCCUGGGUUCAGCGCAGGAUGAUGCUGGAUCAGUGCCUCGAGCUGCAGCUGUUCCAUCGGGACUGUGAGCAAGCCGAGAGCUGGAUGGCCGCGCGGGAAGCUUUCCUGGACACCGAGGACAAAGGAGACUCGCUGGACAGUGUGGAAGCUCUCAUCAAGAAGCAUGAGGACUUUGACAAAGCUAUCAAUGUCCAGGAGGAGAAGAUCGCUGCCCUGCAGGCCUUUGCCGAUCAGCUCAUCGUGGCUGGCCACUAUGCCAAAGGGGACAUUGCCACCCGGCGCAAUGAGGUCUUGGACAGGUGGCGACGCCUAAAAGCCCAGAUGAUUGAGAAAAGGUCAAAGCUUGGAGAGUCCCAGACCCUGCAGCAGUUCAGCCGGGACGUGGAUGAGAUCGAGGCUUGGAUCAGUGAAAAGCUACAGACAGCGAGCGAUGAGUCGUACAAGGACCCCACCAACAUCCAGCUUUCCAAGCUGCUGAGCAAGCACCAGAAACACCAGGCCUUCGAAGCCGAACUGCAUGCCAAUGCUGACCGCAUCCGUGGCGUCAUCGACAUGGGCAACUCCCUCAUUGAUCGAGGUGCCUGCGCCGGCAGCGAGGACGCGGUGAAGGCCCGCCUGGCCGCCCUCGCCGACCAGUGGCAGUUCCUGGUGCAGAAGUCCGCUGAGAAGAGCCAGAAGCUGAAAGAGGCCAACAAGCAGCAGAACUUCAACACUGGCAUCAAGGACUUUGACUUCUGGCUCUCUGAGGUGGAAGCCCUUCUGGCAUCCGAAGACUACGGCAAAGAUCUGGCCUCUGUGAACAACCUGCUGAAGAAGCAUCAGCUGCUGGAUGCGGACAUCUCAGCCCACGAGGAUCGCUUAAAGGACCUGAACAGCCAGGCCGACAGCCUGAUGACCAGUAGUGCCUUCGACACCUCCCAAGUGAAGGACAAGCGGGACACCAUCAACGGGCGCUUCCAGAAGAUCAAGAGCAUGGCGGCCUCCCGGCGCGCCAAGCUGAGCGAGUCCCACCGCUUGCACCAGUUCUUCCGGGACAUGGACGAUGAGGAGUCCUGGAUCAAAGAGAAGAAGCUGCUGGUCAGCUCUGAGGACUAUGGCCGCGACCUCACCGGCGUGCAGAACCUGAGGAAGAAGCACAAGAGGCUGGAGGCAGAGCUGGCCGCACAUGAGCCGGCCAUUCAGGGCGUCCUGGACACAGGCAGGAAGCUGUCUGAUGACAACACCAUCGGGCAGGAGGAGAUCCAGCAGCGCCUGGCCCAGUUCGUGGAGCACUGGCAGGAGCUGAAGCAGCUGGCGGCUGCACGGGGUCAGCGGCUAGAGGAGUCCUUGGAGUAUCAGCAGUUUGUAGCCAACGUGGAAGAGGAGGAAGCGUGGAUCAAUGAGAAGAUGACGCUGGUGGCCAGUGAAGAUUACGGAGACACUCUGGCUGCCAUCCAGGGCUUGCUGAAGAAACAUGAAGCCUUUGAGACUGACUUCACUGUGCACAAGGACCGCGUGAAUGAUGUCUGCACAAAUGGACAGGACCUCAUUAAGAAGAACAAUCACCAUGAGGAGAACAUCUCCUCGAAGAUGAAGGGCCUGAAUGGGAAGGUGUCCGACCUGGAGAAGGCUGCAGCCCAGAGGAAGGCAAAACUGGAUGAGAACUCAGCCUUCCUACAGUUCAACUGGAAGGCAGACGUGGUGGAGUCCUGGAUCGGUGAAAAGGAAAACAGCUUGAAGACAGAUGACUAUGGCCGAGACCUAUCUUCCGUCCAGACUCUCCUCACCAAGCAGGAGACCUUCGAUGCAGGCCUGCAGGCAUUCCAGCAGGAGGGCAUCGCCAACAUCACCGCCCUCAAAGACCAGCUGCUGGCCGCCAAGCACAUCCAGUCAAAGGCCAUCGAGGCCCGGCAUGCCUCGCUCAUGAAGAGGUGGAGCCAGCUCCUGGCCAACUCGGCUGCCCGGAAGAAGAAGCUGCUGGAGGCCCAGAGCCAUUUCCGCAAGGUGGAGGACCUCUUCCUGACCUUUGCCAAAAAGGCAUCAGCCUUCAACAGCUGGUUUGAGAAUGCAGAGGAGGACUUGACGGACCCUGUGCGCUGCAACUCCCUGGAAGAGAUCAAAGCCUUGCGCGAGGCCCACGACGCCUUCCGCUCCUCCCUCAGCUCCGCACAGGCUGACUUCAACCAGCUGGCUGAGCUGGACCGCCAGAUCAAGAGCUUCCGCGUGGCCUCCAACCCCUACACCUGGUUCACCAUGGAGGCCCUGGAGGAGACCUGGAGGAACCUGCAGAAGAUCAUCAAGGAGCGUGAGCUGGAGCUGCAGAAGGAGCAGCGGCGGCAGGAGGAGAACGACAAGCUGCGCCAGGAGUUUGCGCAGCACGCCAAUGCUUUCCACCAGUGGAUCCAGGAGACCAGAACCUACCUCCUCGACGGGUCCUGCAUGGUGGAAGAAUCUGGAACCCUCGAGUCCCAGCUUGAAGCCACCAAACGCAAGCACCAGGAGAUCCGAGCCAUGCGGAGUCAGCUGAAGAAGAUCGAGGACUUGGGAGCCGCCAUGGAGGAGGCCCUCAUCCUGGACAACAAGUACACGGAGCACAGCACUGUGGGCCUGGCCCAGCAGUGGGACCAGCUGGACCAGCUGGGCAUGCGCAUGCAGCACAACCUGGAGCAGCAGAUCCAGGCCAGGAACACAACAGGUGUGACCGAGGAGGCCCUCAAGGAGUUCAGCAUGAUGUUUAAACACUUUGACAAGGAUAAGUCCGGCAGGCUGAACCACCAGGAGUUCAAGUCCUGCCUGCGCUCGCUGGGCUACGACCUCCCCAUGGUGGAGGAAGGGGAGCCCGACCCUGAGUUUGAGGCCAUCCUGGACACGGUGGAUCCCAACAGGGAUGGUCAUGUCUCCCUGCAAGAGUACAUGGCUUUCAUGAUCAGCCGCGAGACGGAGAAUGUCAAGUCCAGCGAGGAGAUCGAGAGCGCCUUCCGGGCCCUCAGCUCCGAGGGGAAGCCCUACGUCACCAAGGAGGAGCUCUACCAGAACCUGACCCGGGAACAGGCCGACUACUGCGUGUCCCACAUGAAGCCCUAUGUGGACGGCAAGGGCCGCGAGCUGCCCUCGGCCUUCGACUACGUGGAGUUCACCCGCUCGCUCUUCGUGAACUGACCCCUGCCCACCCGCCCCUGUCGCCUGCUGCAUGUCCGCCCCUCAGACAGUGUCAUUUCAUUGUAGCCAUGAGCCUGCUUCGCUUGGGUGAGAUGUAGUAGAAACUGGCCUUCAGUAACCACUUCUGGUUCAGUCACAGUCAGCGCCCGUGGUGGGACCGCCAUCUGUCAGAGCCAGCUGCCCUCAUUCCGACUUAGAAAAUCCGGAGCAGCUGGCUCCUGCCCCGCCUUCACCCCAUCCCCAUCUUCUGUUUUCACAUAAAGACACGAAAUAAAGGACUCACUCUCCCCUGAA